AUAGCCAACAAAAUUCAUUUCAAUCCAAAGCCGCCAAGUUUGUUUUUGUCGGUUGAUUUCGUUUUUCUGCUAGUUCUGGUCGUGUAAACUUCUACUCCUAUUUGUGCUAGUCGCGGGCUAUCACUAUGCAGGGCUUACUGUUCAUUGCAGUACCUUUUUUUUUUUCCUAAUGGGUCUAAUGAAUGAUGAGCUAUUUGGUACCCAAUCUGUUGCGCAGUGAAAGCUUUGCACGACUUCAGGACCUUCCCUUACUAAACGCACAUAUUUACACUGCGUACCACAACCCCCUUCCCUCCAGCUUCAUUGAAAGAAAAUUGGGAUAAUGGCUUCAAAAGAAUGUGCAUCGGCUUCCCCAUUCUAUGACGUUAGCAUCGAUGACACCGAUAUACCGAGCAAACUUCGCCAUCGGAGCGAACUUUUCCGGCCCUGCCUAGCCAGCCUGAAGCACCGAUGUUGGCUGUGCGAAGAUGUUGCUGCGUGGAACGAUGUUAUCAGUUCAUUCGGCUAUGAGUUGUGUGAAAAACGGACGGGUGUGCUGUGCCUCCGAACAAUACCACAUGCUAGGGGCUUCGUGUAUGAGCAAGUCAGAAAAGCGGCGUCCACCCUUUCAGUUCUCCUCAAGCAGCACACGUGUAUCGAUGAAGUAAGCUUCAAUUACGGAGAGUACUUUUUUUUGAGUACCGGUUGCUUAGUGCGACAUGGUUCGAAGACUUUCCCCGUACGUCUUGGCCCUUCUGUUCGCCAUGUGAAAAUUUGCAGUGGUAGUGCUUAUUGUUACAGUCCUUUGCAAGUCGUCGACCUUCGUUCUUUGGUGACUCUGGAAACUCUCAUGUUCGACGGCGUCGGCAUGCCUACCAACGUGGUCUAUAAGGUCGCUUCGACAGUGUGUCGCAAUUCAGCUACUCUGAGGGAAGUAGUGAUUGAAAAUACACGUAUGUUGCAAGAAAACAGCGAUGUGUUGUGGCGCUGCCUACGAAGAUGCGUUCGCCUGAAAUCAGCUUUACUGUCAUACUGUGUGUACUUUUCCGGAGGCGUAGAUGGAUUGGUCAGACUUUUGAGGUCAUCUCAUACUCUAGAAAGGGUAAUGAUUCCAACCCUAACAAAAGUAAACGAUAUGGCUCGGGUGGCUGAAGCGCUAGGCAAUAGCUCAUCUCUGCGUGAUAUUUAUGUCUGUGCGGCAACUUUGUCAAUGGCAUCAGUGUUUGGGGCUCUUGAAUUUCACUCUACCGUGAAGUGCUUGCAUUUAGCCGAUUACUGCAUCUUGAGAAGCCAGGGAACUUAUGUAGCAUCAAUGCUCCGCUCGAACACUGUACUUCGGACACUAAUAAUAGAACGUAGCACCAUAUCUGCAUCUGGUGCUGAAGAGAUUGCACAGGGUAUCAAGGAGAACUCAACACUACAGUGUUUGGAGUUCCUCUCAUCAAGUGUUAAUGUAGCUGUCAUCUGCUGUCUGUGCAAAGCACUUGAUCAAAACAAGACCCUGCAGAAGCUGAAAUUCGACGAUUUUUAUGCAUCAAGCAGUGAAAGGGCAAGCUUGGCAGCCAUACUAGCAAGCAACAGCUGCUAUGAUCGUGUGCUGCUUCCAUUGGUUGAUGCCGAUGUCGAGAACAUCUUGUCACUAUAUACCAACACUCAGUUUUGUCCCACAGAGCUCAGCCUGAAGAACAUUUGUGACAUACCUGUCGUGCUUUUUGGAGAACUGUGUGAAGCCCUGGCUUCAAGCACUACGGUGCACACUCUGAAGGUGCACUAUAAAGGCCAUGAACCUAGCAAGGGAAACUUAUUUUCCGAAAUGCUUGAAACCAACAGGUCUAUCACAUGUUUGGAGCUUUCCCAGAACCCAGAAACUACUAGUUACUGUCUAGUAACAAAGGUUGCAGCAGCACUUGUCCACAACACAACUUUGCAGGAACUCGAUGUUAGUACUGGCUUUCAGUUUUAUCAUCACACAGCCUUGUCAUUCUGCCGCAUGCUGUCAUGGAAUCAAACUUUGAUUAAGGUCAUUAUUAGACUGUCUCGAGGGCUGCCUAUGAAGUGCCUAAGUUUGCUUGCAACUGGAGUCAAGAAAAACAAAGUAUUGUUGGAAUUUGGCAUGAAAAAUCCAGAGAUUCCAUUUAGUGGCAUCACUUACCCUAUCUUCGCUACUCUGCAGCAGAACCACAGCCGACUGAACCAAGCAGUUGAGUUUGUUCAGCGUAAUAGUACCAACAGGCAAUGUGCCAAAGCCUUUGAGUACCUUUGCAAGAAGCCUCACUUUAUGUCUCAUGUGGCAAAGGUGGCAGGACAAAGUAUGUCGGAAGCCUAUCAGAACAUUACUUCUUCUGUGCGCUACCUCUACGAUAACUUCUUUGUCAUUGCAGGAAUAGUUCAACAUUCUGUUGAAUGUUAUCCUGGCCAAGGAACCCAGAUUGAUGCUUUGAAUGCAGAUUGUUGGAAUGCAAUUGCGCAGUAUCUCAAGGUGUCGGACGUUAAUGCCUGAGGGCAUGACGACGUGUAGAAUUAUGUAUAUUGUCCCAGCUGUGAUCGCCAUGGUUUCCUCAUUUGCCUGUUUUUCAUGUGCAGCAUGUUAGUCUUCUAUGACUUGUGCCAUUCAUGUUUGUGCUUGAGUGAAGCUCUCAUCAACCAUAAGGUAAUGUUGCAUUUACUGCCUAACUGGUUUCCAAAGUUGGGUAUGAACUGUGACAGAUUGUGUUAAAUGUGUGGGUAUCUUUUCCAGUGGUAUAAUCAACCACUGAUGAUAUUCCAAAGCACAGUUUAUUAUGUGCUUUUGUACCAGAAAUUGUUAUUGCAGUAUUGAAAAUUAUUGUCUAUGUUCAGCAAUGGUAGACUAGCUUGUUUGGAGAAUCUCAACUGAUUUUUCAUAUAAACGGUAAUCAGACCAAGCUUCUGAGAAUAAAGUCCGUUUGUAAACUUGGUAGUAAGGCUGCUUUGUUCUGAAACUGUGUGGUCUGACAGUAACAAAAAAACGAAUGCAGAGCCAUGUCUUGCCCUUCGGCAACUGUACCUUCCUCUGCAAAGUGCACAAAUGCCUGGCUUGCAGCAGAAGGCUUGUGGUUGGUGGCACUGGCACCUUUCUACACUCUUGUGCAGUGUAUUACCAAAGCUUCAGCCAGCACUGGCAGCUUAGAGCAUCAGCAAAGCAACAGUUACACAUUGUAGUGCUCACUUUAACAGUGGACACUGUUGCACAUAUGGAACCUUUCUCAAAUGUUUGUACAGACUGCACCACGUGCUAUCAAAGAUGACUUGGGUUGCACAUCGGAACUUUUCUAAAAAUUCCUUAGCUUUGGAGUAUGACUUAAGUCGAUACUACAAAUCUAACAGUAGUUUGUGUCAUGUGUAGUGAUCUCUCCAUUUUUGGUAGACUGCAUAUUUGUGCUUUGGAUGAGGGUUGCCCUAAAAUAGGCAAAAGGGUUAUAUAUAAGAAAAGGUUUGUGGAGAGCAGCAGGAAGUUAUGACAAUGACAAAUGUUCUACAGUAAAACUUGCUUGAAUUGUGUGUUGAUAUUGCACAUUUUGUUUAUCAAAUAGUGGAAACAUCCUAUUAAAAGUCCCGUGUAGAAGUA